AUGUCUUUCUCUUUGUCGAAGAACUUCCUCGCCGUGGUUGCAGCACUCGCCGGUACGGCAAUGGCAGCCCAGGCCAGCUUGCUCGAUUUGGCUCCGUACUAUCCUGCCUCGCAGUACGCGAUAGACGGUUCUUACAUCGUACGUCUCAAAGAUGGAUGCUCUCUCCAGGACCAUCUCAAUCUUGUCCCAGGUCUCCUUGACCUAACCAUUCUGGAGCUCCCUUUCAACCUCGGAUAUAGUGCUGGCCUCUUGGAUGUUACUCUCGACCUUGUGAGACAGGACAAGUGCGUUCAAUAUGUUGAGCAGAACUCAGGUGGCGAGUGGCUCGGUUUAGAGGAUCAGGCGGAUGUCGAAGCCUAUAACUCGACAUCGAUUCUGGAACCUCGUGAUGUCGAUGCUGGUGUAGGGUAUGCCCUCAAGUAUCUGUCUUCGAACAUGAAGAAUCCCGCAGACGACUCCUACCAUUAUUUGGCCAACAGCGGCGCCGGUGUGGAUUUAUACAUCAUGGAUAGUGGUAUCAAUGGCGCGGUUCCAGAGUUUGAAGGCAGAGUCACCGACUUUAUCAACCGAUCUGACGAUCCUGGCUUCAACGACAGACAGGAUCAUGGGACGAGUGUCGCGAGCUGUGCUGGCAGUAGAACUUAUGGAUCAGCCAAGAAACCUAACCUGCUCAAUGCCAAGAUCAGGACUAAGACGAAUAGACUUAUUGCAGCCUUGGGAGACAUUGUGCAGCGUCACAACAGUCAAAAGUCUGUCUCUGGCUUCAAGGGUUCGGUUAUAAACAUGUCGUUUCGUACUGGGGCUAGCCAGACAGCAUCUGAAGCGCUGAAACAAGCUUUCGGUGCAGGUAUCGCGAUGGUUGCCGCUGCGGGAAACAGCAAAGAGGAUGCCGCAGGCACAUUCCCAUGCAACAGCGGUUACACGACCUGUAUCGGAGCGAGUGGCAGCGACUACAAACUAGCAGACUUCUCCAAUUUCGGUCAAGCGGUCGAUUUUGUCGCUUCUGGGGUUCAGGUCAAUACGGUCGCCGCUGCUGGCAACGCUCCAGUCAAAAGAUCUGGCACCUCCUUUGCUGCGCCCUAUGCGGCCGGCGUACUGACAGUGUUUUACGGAUACCAGGGUCCUAAUUUGUCUCCAAGCGAUGCUGCGGAUCUUCUGUUCUACAACUCAGAUGGUGGUUACAUCGAGAACAUACCCGCCGAUCAAGCAAACUUCAUGAUCAACUCUGGUUUUCAAAAGGCCACCGGUGGCCAGCCAUACCGCAUGGGUCUCUAG